GACAACAAACUUUCAUUCUACCUAUACUAUAUAGUUUAUGUUGGUACCUAGCUGUUUCUAAACAAAACCCGUCCGCGAUACCUUUGAAUUUCAGUCCGGCUCUAUAUUUUAAUUCCAUUAACGAGUCCAUCUGUCUAAUAUCGCAGGUAAUCAAGUGGCUGGAUCACAGAACAGUUGAUCAAAAUGGUGGUGUUGACGGGCGAAAACCUUGGGAAGCGACAGCAUGACUUGAACAAGCAGGUCUCCAAAGCUGCGGUAGAUUUUGAACAGCUGAAAAAACAACCCAAUGAUACCGAUAUAGAUAUUUUAUUCAAAAUCGACGUGGCUUCAAGGUAUAAAAAAGCCAAUUUCAUCAUUGACAUGCUAAAGAGCGGUGAUAGUUUGUACAUUUCUAGAGCUCUCAAAUGUACUUGGUUGUAUCAUACCGAAUAUGCAUCAUACAUCAAUGUUGAUUAUCUACAUCACAGUGUUUUUCCAUCCAUGUCGGCGAAAAUGAAGCGAAAGUUACUUACUACUAUAUCGAUGCAUCUAAAUAAUGAGGUUCGAUGUAAAAGCUUUUACAAAUAUUGUAUUAGUGCAAGAUUAAAUAAUAUUGCAUUAAAAUUCUUAAUAUUUACAUCUGAACCGUUCAAACGCGAAGUCAUCAAUACAUCUUUUGUUAGUAUAAUGAAUCAAGAAGAAACUUUUUACAGACAUUUUGUCGGAAAUUCAUUUGGCUUAGCAAAGUGCAUUUUAGACAAAGCUUCCGAAUAUACGAGAACUGAAAUUUUAUAUUAUCUGAGAUACUUGAUGUCAGUCUCACAGGGUGACUAUUUAGACUUGUUUGAAAUAUAUGAUAACUACAAAAGGAAAGGAAAGCGAUUCGGUUUAAGGAUUUCAAAGCAGAUAAUGAAGAAACAUAAAAGAAGAUAUCUAGAGCACCCUCUCCUAUAUAUGGAUAGAUUAAACAAAGAUGUUAUUGUCAAACGCAUUAGUGUGAGUAGUGCCCAAGAAAUUAUUGCUAAAGCUCUGCGUGCUCUUCCUGAAGCCAAAACAUUCUGGGAAAUUAAUUUCUGCAAAAAAUUUGAUUAUCUCAUAAACAAAAUUCCAGCUAAUGACAAAUUAAUGUUCAUGAAGAACACAUUCCACGAUAAAUUUCCAGAAGAAAUUUUCGAAAUGAACAAAAAGUUUUUCGAAUUGGGAUACACUUUUCUUAUGACAGACAAAGAGAAAGAGGAAUGGGCUAUACGCCAUAUCGAUUGGGGUACAGAACUAAAGGGGAGCGGCCGUAAUUACCUUUGGUAUGAAUAUGUUAGCUAUGAAAAAGCAUUCCCAGAAAUAAAAUCUACUGUUAUGAAAAAGACAGAUUACAGUGAAAGAAAAGAAGUAGUUGAAGUCCUGAUAAAGGCUGCGCGGAAUCAAUCUCAUAUUCAUUCACUCCUCACAUACUACCAUGAUCGUCAUAGUAACGAACCACAAAAUAUUAAAGAACGCUUCGUAGAGUCAUUACUUCGAGAACACAACGUAUUUGAAUUCGAUAUCGGUUGCUGGGCGGCACUUAAUAAAGUCUUGCACAAUUUGAAAGUUUACAAAACUAUUGAUGGAUGUGAAAAUUAUCUCAUUAUGUAUAUGACAAUCAUGUACCAUAUAAUUCGUAAUAUAGAUUUACCUGAAGUUUUGAAAAAGUUUCUAUUGGAACACGGUUUGAGACAUUUACGUGACAAAGAAAUAUUGUAUAAAAGAGUUAGCAAAGAAAACUUACAACAAGUUUUCGAUUAUAUAACUAACCUUUAUGUUGAUAAAAUAACAACAUUAUUUAAUGAACCAGAUCAUGACCCUGGUGAUAUAUAUUCUUACAUAGAUCGAUAUGUCAACUAUAUAGCAUAUCACAAGAAAACUUCAGAGGAUUGUGCACCCAUAAUUACGGAGUUCGUGAACAGUAAUCGGGACCUAUACAAAUAUAGCGCUUUUUUUAGAGUAAACAAAGAGAAUUUAACAGAAGCUAUGUUGUUGCGAGAGUUAAAGAAAGAUUCUAACAAAACUGUCGAAAAACUUUCAGAACUAAGAGACGUUUUCACUGAGCAAUCGUCAGACAAUUACAUAAAUACUUUCUUGAAGAAAUUGAAAAUUUACUUUCCAAAUGAUAUCGCCAAAGAAUAUUUGCAAUUUUUCUUGAACACUUUGCAGGAGGAAAAAAUAACUCUGCCUCGGGGUAUCGUAAACAUUGUUUAUGGGAUAUUCCAAUUAGCUGACAAUCAAACUAAAAUCGAUUUUAUGAAUAAAUAUGAACCGACAGAUCCGAAGAUAAACAACGAGACAAUCAAUGCCUUUUUCUUAGGUGUACAAGAAGCAAUUUGUAAAUCUGUGUGUUUUUCUCGCCCUCCUAUGCCUCUCCCGAAUGUUCUGAAGUAUAUUAAAGGAGAUUAUCUUAAAUAUUGCCUGCCAAUAUUCCAGUCAUACCAAGCUAAGUUACCUCAAAAUUUACUCCAAGAAUUUGUCAUUGCAUUAAUAGAUACUCCGGUGUCGGUGCAAAAACACGCAUUACGUCUUGUCUUCGAGUGUUUUUCUUUGGAAGAUUUGAAGAAAACUAUUCGCAAAACAUGGCGAAAUACAAAGAAUAUCUCCGUAAGGUAUGUGUUAUAUCAUUCAUUGUUUAACAAAAUCUGCAUUGAAGAAGAAGGACCUCAAGCUGAACUUUUUGAACUCCUAAAAGAAUUUACUUCGCAAUUGAACGACGAUGACCAUUCUGAAAUAUUUGACCGAUAUGUUAACGGCAAUAAAUUACCAAAUCAUCUUUUGGGCGCGUACAUAAAAAUUUGUUGGCAUAGAAUCUACAAUUUUGAAAAUAAUACUGAAAAUUACCGCAUAAAAACGAAGGUCAUCGAAAAUAUUAAUAAUUCAAUUAGUAAAGUUGAACCAGAAUUCGUAAAAGAAAUUGCUGAAGAGCAUGAGGAGUACAUGUUAGAUCAAAAACAUCUACGUCCCCAGUACGGAAACGAAGCAUUAGACGCGUUGAAUAAUGCAAAGUGGAAGCUUGUAGCCAAAUACAUCGUUUACUUUGCCAGUAAUGCCAAUUAUUUGGAACUAAACUUGGAUCUAAUGAGAUCAAUAUUGCACAAGUGUCUCAACAUGUGGAAUGUAAUCCACGAUGACAUACACACAGCUCGUCAAUUUUUCUGGACUUUUAUAGAUGACCUGAUUGCCGUAGAAACAGAAAAGUGUUGCGGAGACGCGAUACCAAUACUUGAAACAGUGGAAACGUUUCUUAUAGACCUUAUUCCUCUGAAGCAAAUGUAUAAGUCAUUAUGGUCUUUGAAACUCAGUAUACUAAGAAGGCAACAGAAACAAUCGAUCAAGGCCAGCUAUUAUAACAAUAGGAAUUUGAAUAUUGUGCAUGUAAUAAAGAAUAGCAUUUGUGAGUAUGGACUUAAAGUGGCUAAGUUGGUUGAAGAAAAUGUGAUUAGCAACACAUAUUUCAUAACAGCAAAUGACACUAUAGCUGAAAUAAUAAAGGAUAAUGUAGACAGUAUAAUUGCUAUAAAAAUUGAUCACAACCUUGGCCCAAACUUGCAUGAAAUUAUGAGGGAUCGUUAUGUCCUCGUGGCCAGCGGUCUUAUAGAGAUUAAUGCAAAAGAGACAUUAUUAUUAGCUUUAUAUGUAUUGCCAUUGGAAUCUGAUGCUCCAAAUUUCCCCAUGAUUGUCGAACAUAUAGAACAUUUCAAUGACGAAGAAGUUCAGUAUUGUUGGUUUAAUAAAUAUAAUAGAAAUACAGUUAAAAGGAGGAGACUAAGGUAAACAGGAAGAUACUGUAACAAAGAGAUAACAAAUAAGAGCCAGAUACUGUUAAAAUAUUGUUUUAGUAAGCUGUUGUAAGCAUACGACUAAUGCAUGUUACUAUGAAUUAGGUAUUUCUGAUCCUUUUUUAUUGUAUAUUUUUCUACACAAGUAUAAUUUAAAAUUAUGGUGGCGGUAAUGGAUUAUCUUGAUAAUUCAAGCUCAUUACUUCUUAUUUACUUUACACAUUUGCUUAAACGUCCACAUUAAGAGUAUUUAUUUUAUAAAUAAGGAUGUUUAUAAAAGUCUAGUGAUACAUAGUUGUCAUUUAUUUUUAUUAACAAUAAAAUGUCUAUUUUAAGAGCUUUUCGAUAUUCAUUAAUUUGUUACAAAUAUUAAAAAUAUUUAUUUUAAGGGUUUCUCAGUAAUGAUUUAUAUCUAAAAAGUUUUAAGGUUAUGUACCUACGUAUAUAACAGUAACUAAAAAUAAAAAAAUCCUCAUCGUUAUAACUUAGUUCAUAAGAAAUGUACCAGGUGGUGAUAUAGAAACAGUAUAGAGAUAUUUUUUAUUAUUAUUCAUAUCUCAAAUAUUUUACUAAGAAGCAUGUUUGGUGCCUAUACUUUUUAUAUUUAAACUUUUUUCCAUUUUUAAUAAAAAUAUUU